AUGGCCGACUGCCGAGGAGUUCAUGUGUGGAUUUUUGCAGAGAGCCAAAAGCAAGUGCUCCUGCAACGACGUCGUGUUGGCUUGUGGGAUCUCCCCGCUUCUGCCACCCUUUCUGCUUCUUCUUCCUCCCUCUUCACCGCUCGGAAGGAGGUCAAAGAGAAGUUAGGCGUAACCCUUCCAAAUGAUGCAUUCGAACUACUAUUUGUUUUCCGUCAAGAUGGGUCAUUUAAUUCGAGUUUCAGUGUCAUAAAUGAUGUAUAUCUUGUCACAACGAUUGAUCCAAUACCUUUGGAGGCAUUUACUCUUCAGAAAACAGAAGUUUCAGGGGUCAAAUAUAUGUGUUUCGAACAGUACAAAAAGCUACUGACCAAGAAAGAUUCAGAUUAUGUGCCUUAUGAUGUUGAGGGACAGUACGGUCAACUUUUUAAUACUUUUGAAACGAGGUACAGGGAGAAUACUGUGGCUCGCAGUUUGACUCUACAAAAACAACUAAAACGCUAUGCUCCUAUUUCCCUCAAUGCUGAGUUAUCAGGGCUUACUGAAUCAGACAGAGAGGCUCUGGUUUUUAUUGUCAAGGCUGCAGCUAUUAUGAAUGAAGUCUUUUAUCUCCAGGCUUGGCACAGUAAUCCAAUUCUAAGAGAUUGGUUGAAGAAGCAUUCUGAUAGAUCAGAGUUAGAUAAGCUGAAAUGGUCCUAUUAUCAGAUUAACAAGACCCCAUGGUCAAGCCUUGAUGAAGACAAGGCAUUUUUGACAACAGCAGAUUCAGCAAUAAAGUUGCUUCCAAGGGCAACAGGGGCAGUUAAAGGGUGGAAGGGCUUGGAAUACAGAGCAGCGUUUCCUGUUGUGAAGCCAGCUGGUGCAAAUUUUUACCCUCCAGACAUGGACAAGACGGAAUUUGAAGCAUGGAAGAACAGCGUAGAACAGGAACAACAGAAAGAAGCAACAGGAUUUUUCACUGUUAUCAAAAGGCACAGUGAGUUUUAUUUGGAUUCUGAUAUAUCAGAUAACAAAAUGGGUGCUACCAGUGAUCUUUAUGUAGUCCCUUAUUCUCAAGAGUACAAAUCUCUUCUCGCCAAAGCAGCAGAAUUAUUACAUAAAGCUGGGGAUCUUACCAGUUCACCAAGUUUGAAGAGAUUUCUACAUAGCAAGGCUGACGCUUUCCUUUCAAAUGAUUAUUAUGACUCUGAUCUAGCCUGGAUGGAGUUGGACUCGAAGUUGGAUAUUACUAUUGGGCCAUAUGAGACUUAUACAGAUAAACUUUUUGGAUAUAAGGCUACUUUUGAAGCAUUUAUUGGAGUCCGGGAUGAGAAAGCUUCAGCUCAACUAAAACUCUUUGGUGAUAAUUUGCAAGUUUUGGAGCAAAAUCUCCCACUGGACAAUGUAUACAAAUCCGAAAAUGUAAAUGCUGCACCUAUCCGUAUCAUCCAGCUUAUAUAUAAUGCUGGGGAUGUCAAGGGACCACAGAUUGUUGCUUACAAUCUACCAAAUGAUGAGCGGAUAGUAAAAGAUAGAGGAACAUCAAUGGUCAUGCUUAAGAAUGUUCAAGAGGCUAAGUUUAAGCAUAUUCUUCUGCCCAUUGCUAAAGUAUGUGUUGCAAAGGAACAACAAGAACUUGUGGAUUUUGAAUCAUUCUUUACCCAUACAAUUUGCCAUGAAUGCUGCCAUGGGAUUGGACCUCAUUCCAUAACACUUCCAAAUGGUCAGAAGUCUACAGUGAGAUUGGAAUUGCAAGAAUUUCACUCUGCUAUGGAAGAAGCAAAAGCUGAUAUAGUUGGUCUGUGGGCACUGAGGUUCCUAAUCCACAAGGGCUUGCUUUCUGAGACCUUAUUGAAGUCCAUGUAUGUUUCUUUUCUGGCUGGAUGCUUCCGCUCAGUGCGUUUUGGCUUAGAGGAAGCUCAUGGAAAAGGACAGGCAUUGCAGUUCAAUUGGCUAUAUGAGAGAGGGGCAUUUAUCUGGCAUGCUGAUGGAACAUUUUCAGUUGAUUAUUCUAAGGUUGAAGAUGCAGUUGAAAGUCUGAGCAGAGAGAUACUGACCAUACAAGCCAAAGGUGACAAAGAGGCUGCAGGCUUGCUUCUCCAGAAAUAUGGCAUCAUCUCAGAACCACUCAAACUUGCUCUGGACAAGUUGGAGCAUGUCCAGGUGCCUGUUGACAUAGCCCCCUCCUUUCCCAUUGCUGAAAAAAUAUUGGAGUAAAUUGAUUGAAAAAAGCCAAGGCCA